AUGGAAGGUGUGUUGGACUUUGACACGAUCGACGUGGAACUAGAUGAAGACCUUCUAAAGAAACAGAGUAGGAGAUGUAGAGAUGAGUUCUUGAACUCACUGUCUCUUGACGAUGAAGAUGAAGACUUCAUUAUCCCAUUAUUCGAGAAUGUUGAAGAUGAUGAAGCACCAGUGGAAGAAGAACCUUUGGAUGACGAACAGGAGGAGGAAGAAAAUGUAGAUGAAGUUGUGGAUGAAGAGGAAAAUGAUAGUGAAGCUCAAUUUAAAUAUUCCACACAUGAUCCAAAUGUGAAAUGGAAUAGAAUGAAACCUCAAGAGGGAGAAAGGUAUGAAUCUCCACAACAACUUAAACUCUGUUUAACAAAUCAUGCCAUAUCUAAAGAUCCUAAACCCAAUAAGAAAAUAGGCAGGCCAAGAUUGGACCCUAGUCUAACCCAAUGGACAAGACGUGGUAGAGGGGGGACAAGGGGAAAUAGAGGAGGUGGUAGGGUACCUAGAGGUGGGGGUGGCUUUCAUAGCUGGUUUGAAAGAGGUGAAACCUCAAAUACAGUACCACCCCAAAAAAGGGUCAAUGAAGAAUAUAAUUCUGAAGAGAUGGUGGAUGUAGAUGUGAUGAGUGAUGGAGAUGGGCUGGAUAUGGCAGAUAUGGACUACAUUACACAACAAAUUACAGAGUUGAGGAAAUCAGGUUACACUGAUGUAGACAUUAUGAGAUGCCUUGGAAUUACAAAAGCUCAUUUAGAAGAGUUUGGAUAUGUGGCUGCCAAUGUUGAAGGUGGACUAGAAGGAGAUGGACAGGGUAAUGAAGAAGAAGGAGGACAUGGACAAGGAGAUGAGUGGAAGGAGGUGGAGAUGGACAAGAAGGAGAAGGAGAUGGAGAAAAAGAAGAUGGAGAAGGAGAUGAAGGAGAUGGACAAGAAGAAGAUGAAGAAGGUGUUCCAGUGAAUGAUCCAGUACAACAAGGGCAUUUUGGGAAUAAUAUGAAACAAAGAACAAGGAGACCCUCAGAGAGGAUCAUUCUUCAGAAGCUGAAAAAGAAGGUGGUUGACCCUCUUGGUAUAGGAAUGUGUGAAGAUAAGGCAUUAGUUAUAGAUUAGUGAUAGGGGUUAUCAUCUUUUGGUUCAUAUUUUGUAAAAGGUGGUACUAUGUAAACUGAUGCAUACCAUCUUUUGGUUCAUAUUUUGCAUACCACUUUGUGGUUCAUAUUUUGUAAAUGGUGGUACAUAUCCACUUAUAUUGGUUCAUAUUUUGUAAACAAUUACUGGUAAUUAAGCAAGGGCAUUAACCAAUGGUCACAAUUGAUCAAUGUCAUAUUUUAUUUCAAGUUUGGUUGUGCAGGUUAGCCUUGGUUAUUGACAGUUUUAUUAUUCAUAUGUGGUUCAUAGUUGUGGUACUUUGAUUUCACCAUAAUUCAAUACAACAUAAGUAAAAUGUUCA